UCCGCAAUGGAAACUUUCGCAAUUUGAACUGAACUACUAUCAGCACCUCUCUCUGUCCCUGUCAACGUGAUUCCGAUAAGACGAUAAAACGAUAAUAGAGAUAGACAGCUACGUGACGCUAGCUGCAUUAGUUGAUUAACUUUAAGACAAAGACGUUGCAAUACUCAAAUCCUCACCAAGAAAUUACCAAGGCAGGAGAUUCGCGUAUAAAAAAAAUGAGAAAUUCUUUGUCGCCGAAAUGGAUGCAAAAAUCCCUGAUUGCAUUUCUUUUACUUUGUGUUGGAGAUUUCUGCCAAUCAGACGAGUCGACAUCUUCGUGGGCCAAACUCCAAAUUUCACCCAGCGAACUCUGUUCUAUGCCCUACGGCAGUUUCCGAGUCAACAUUUACGAACACGCAAACAAUCACAAGCCAACGACGACAAAUGCAAGUGCCAAAAAAUAUUUCUACGCUCCCAUCACCUUGCUGGACCACAGAAGCGCAGCGAGUUUCUUCAACAACGUCACAAAACAACCCGAGGUCCGUUUCCGCAUCGAAAUGUGGAACCCAAAAGUCGAGAUCAAAGUCGUCGAUUAUUUGACAAAAUUUCUCCGUCAGCCAAUCGAUUCCCAUCAGGUUCAAGUCAUCCCAUUCGAUAAAGUUAUCCUGGCCAGCACGUCACCGUCCACCACCUUCUCACUAAAAUCAAAUUGGCUCCCCUAUCAACUGGACAAGUCGCUCCAGUUGACACUUUCCUGUUUCCAACUAGAAGAUUGCAACCAACUGGCAGCCGCCAUGCGGACCAAACCUCAGCAAUUCAACGACUUCAAACUCCUUUUCAGUUUGUCUUCGCAGACGUCACAGACAAAACAGACGGUCAUCCGCAUCGACAACAUCGUCUCCGGACAAAUGAUGACGCAAAUGUUGCAGAAAUUCAACGAAAGUACAAAAGAAGCUCUGCUAACAGCCAGUGAUGAGAAGAAACUGCUGACGGAAUCGAUGACCAACGUCUUGGUCGACACGUUCGACGACUCGGACGUCGUUUCCCAAAAUUCAGAGUCGCAAAUCUACAACAUGUUGAAGAGUUUGCUCGUCUCGUCCAGGACGACGAUCAAAGAGCAAAGUGACAAAAUGUGGGACUCGGUUUUCUGGAACGACGACAACUACCGACCGGACAAGACCACCAAGACGAUGAACGACAUUUACAACAAAUUGGACAAAGAAGACCAGAAAAAGUUGAUUGACACGUUCCAAAAUACCAACACAUUUGAGUUCGGCGCAGGGGCUAGUGUCCUGGGCAUUACCUCGUUUAAAACAAAAUUCAAAAAAGAACUUUCCCGCCACGGUUCAACAACAAAGGAAGACAUCAACAAACUUCUCCAGGAAAGUAAAAAUCACGGCGAAUGGGACGGGGAAAAAUUCGUUCCCAAACCGCUGGCCCUCAGCAGAGUCAAUUUGGCAAAACUGCGGGACACGCAAUCCUUCCAGGAUCGCCAAGUGAGCGUCCGCUACUCGACCGCCGUCCUCUCAACUCCCAUUCAUUUCAUAGAAAACUCUGAGCUGACAGCCACGGACGAGUGGCAAGAGUUGAAAGACGAAUUAAAAGAAACACAAAAUCGUUUAUCAUACGCUUUGAAACUUUUAACAAAGAGGCGCAUCACUUUCGAAAUAUUAGAAAAGCAGCUAAACGACACGAACACAUCUGUUUUCAAUUUAACCAAGGAUUUUAACGAUUUAAAUGAGAGAACGAGCGCCAUUGUGGACAUUGGCAAAAUGCCCUCAUCCUGUGCCGACCUCCAAAAAAUCGGACACAUUAAAAGUGGAUUCUAUUCCAUCAUGGGGAAACGCAACAUGGAGACUGUUCACUGCAACUUUGCGAAAAAACACCACGAUCCGGAUUUCCAGAAAGUGAUCGGCUCCUUCGUCGUUAAAUCGGGACCCGUUUACUUCCACGCUCAAUCGACGACCAGUUUUCGAAGUGUCAACACGGCAAUUCCCUAUAACCUGAUCAGAAUGAAUGUGGGCAAUGCCAUGAGUUCCAGUGGAUUAUUCGUAGCGCCUAAAUCGGGAAAAUAUUUCUUUGCUUUUACGGGAUUGAGUCCAGAUAAUUAUGUUCGAGUUGAAUUUCAGAUGAAGACUGGUGUCAAUUGGAAUUGGAUAAAAAUAGGGCAAGCCUUUGGUCAAAAGAAUUAUCAAACUUUGACGAUUCAGAACAUUUUGCAACUUGGCAGAGGCGACCAAAUUCGAUUGUUAUUACAGGCCGGAGUAUUGUUCAGUGAUACACCGCAUGGCCCGCUUACAAGUUUUUCUGGCUGGCUAAUGGAAGAGGAUAUCUUUUACACCUUCAAUAAAAAUCCAUUUGGAAAACAAACAAAAAAAAAUUUUUAAUUUUAAAAAUUCCCAAAAUGAAUCAGUUGUUUAAGUUGACAACUCAAAUGUCAAAUCCCAUAUAGCGAUUCUUGUUUUAUGUUUUAAAAGUCCAAACAAAUAAUCCCAUCCGAUCCCAUGAAAUAAAUAGUUAAGUAACCUUUGUGUCGAAGAUGAAAAGACUCUAGCUAUGUCAAUCAUUUUCUUUUGUCUGCAAGAGAACGCUGACCUAAAAGCGACUUUAAAAAAAAAGAAAAUAAAAGAUUUCGUUUAGUAUCGUGUCGUUAAGUAGGCCUAUCACCCUAUUCGGGUGUUUUACUUUUGUUCGGUUUGAGUUUCAUCGCUUCCGCCAGGAAUAUCGAAUGGAACGAUUUGAAAGUUGGCAAC